UCUUCGAUUCAAUCUUAUUAUUUCCGAGAAGUCCUAACAAUAAUCAAAAUGUUGGUUGAUUAUCAACUCACAUAUAAAUUAUAAUCAUUUUGGGAAAAAUUGAAAGGUUUUCUCAUAAAACCAUAGAACUACAUCUUUUGAUUACAAAUAAUUAAUGAAAUAGUAGCCAUAUAGCAAAUUGUCCUACUGACAUUAUUUUCACUACUAAGGAAUUAUUAUUCUGCUGAUAUUUAAACUUGGAAGAUAUUUGAGAUUAGAGAUAGUAGAAACAUGUUGAAUUUAUCGCAAAAAGUUCUAUCAUUUGGAAAACGGUCUUCGAUACCAACCAAGUGGUUUAAGAGAUUCGAGACCUCUAAACCUUCACCAAAAACGGACACACCCGAGGUACCCAAUGCCGGUUCAGGACAAGUUGUUGCAGUUAUUGGGGCUGUGGUAGAUGUACAAUUUGGUGAAGUACUACCACCCAUAUUAAACGCUUUGGAAGUUCAAGAUAGAAGACCACGUCUGGUGCUAGAGGUAGCACAGCACUUAGGCGAGAAGACUGUUCGUACUAUUGCAAUGGAUGGAACUGAAGGACUAGUUAGAGGACAACAAGUCACGGAUACUGGAUAUCCCAUUCGAAUUCCAGUUGGAAAAGAAACUUUAGGUAGAAUAAUGAACGUGAUUGGUGAACCAAUCGACGAAAGAGGACCUAUUGCCACUGAAACUAUAGCUUCAAUCCACGCAGAAGCUCCCGAAUUCGUGGAAAUGAGUGUUAAACAAGAAAUUUUAGUCACGGGAAUUAAAGUUGUGGACUUGUUAGCACCAUACGCUAAGGGAGGAAAAAUAGGACUAUUUGGUGGAGCUGGUGUAGGAAAAACAGUUCUCAUUAUGGAGCUCAUCAAUAACAUUGCAAAAGCCCACGGUGGAUAUUCAGUAUUUGCCGGUGUUGGAGAAAGAACACGCGAAGGCAAUGAUUUAUACAUGGAAAUGAUCGAAUCGGGAGUAAUAAAUUUAAAAGAAGGGACUUCAAAGGUAGCUUUAGUUUAUGGUCAGAUGAACGAACCUCCAGGAGCAAGAGCAAGAGUAGCUCUAACUGGACUGACCAUUGCCGAAUUUUUCAGGGACAAAGAAGGACAGGAUGUUCUUCUUUUCAUCGACAAUAUUUUCAGAUUCACCCAAGCUGGUUCUGAGGUAUCAGCUCUGCUAGGAAGAAUACCAUCUGCUGUUGGUUAUCAAUCCACGCUAGCUACCGACAUGGGAGCUUUGCAAGAGAGGAUAACAUCUACAAAGAAAGGAUCGAUAACAUCUGUGCAGGCUGUUUAUGUACCAGCAGAUGAUCUGACAGAUCCUGCGCCAGCAACUACAUUUGCCCACUUAGAUGCUACAACGGUGUUAUCUAGAGCUAUAGCCGAGCUUGGUAUUUAUCCCGCAGUAGAUCCAUUGGAUUCCACUUCCCGAAUUAUGGACCCGAUAGUUGUAGGAGAAGAACAUUACCUAGUAGCGAGAAAUAUACAGAAAACAUUGCAGAAUUAUAAAUCACUUCAAGACAUAAUUGCUAUACUAGGCAUGGACGAAUUGUCUGAAGAAGAUAAAAUGACGGUGGCAAGGGCUAGAAAAAUUCAACGUUUCCUCUCUCAACCUUUUCAAGUAGCCGAAAUAUUCACCGGGCACCCUGGAAAACUUGUAGCUCUUGAAGAUACCGUGAAAGGAUUCCAGAAAAUUUUGAAAGGCGAAAUGGACCACAUUCCAGAAAUGGCUUUCUAUAUGGUUGGCAAUAUCGAAGAUGUAAUGAAAAAGGCUGAACAAUUAGCUGCCGACAGAUCAGUUUGAAUUCAGCAGAGUUAUUGAGAAAUUUUUUGUUAGUUUUAAAAUUCCUACAAAAUACAGUUUUUAUGGUUUUAAUUUUAAGUAUUGAAUAACUGUGUCAUUUUCAUAAAAUGUUCAUUCUUCCUCAAAAUUCAGUUAAUUGUAUAAUAAAAUUAUGGAAAGAA